CGAGCUGGAUUGUCUCGUUUCGUUUCGCGAAAAAUCGCCGCGUCAGAAACAUUUUUUACGAGUUUGCUAUCGUAAAAAGUGUUCACAAAGGUGUGCUGUCGCGAGUGGAAAAGCAGUAAGCUUCACGCAUCGUUCAAAUUGGCAUCCCCAGCAAACGGGGCUGAGUAAGGGAGAGUACCGAGUGUUCGGUUGUGUUUUUCUUCUUACUCCUGCUGGCGAUCUUGUGUGCGUGUGUGUGUGUUUGGUAAUGUGUUGUGGCGUACGUGCAUGAAGCUGAACGAUACGCGGCGCAAAGGAGUUUGGAUUAAUGAAAGCAUAUCCCAUGGUGGGUCGGAAAAUGCGAAUGAAACUUACCGUUACAACAAUCGAAAUAGUAACAGGAUUAAAUUGAUCGUACGCUGGUCUCCGAAAUGCAUCCCACCGCACCGUAAUACUGCUGCCCCGCAAACAAUAGCGAGUCGCUCGAAUGUUGCGUACAAAGUUGCAGUAGCUGCGGUAGACCCUUGAUGCUUGCGCAGCUUUCAUUCAUUCAACUUUGGCUGCGGAACCGUUCAUCAACACUUACGGAAUAUUUUAUAAUGUCGUUUCGGCAAGAUGCGCCUAACACACGCCACGGUACACCCGAAUGCCACGUAUCGGCAGUCAAAAGUUUAAACACAAGUAGAAAUUAAUUGCUAAGCACAACAUUCGGUGACCCACAUCAUUUUGGGGAAAUUUUUCUCCACGAAGAAAGCAACAGUUGCAGUACAAUCUCGUCCGCUCUCCGUCUCCCCUCGCGAGCGCAUGGUGUUUCAAAACGGGCACGAAUCGUCGACGGGGGGUCUGGCACCCGACAACUCCGGCGGUGAUGGUGAAGACAUCGUCGAUAGCAGCACAAGCAGCCGCAUUAUGGAUACCGGCAAUGGUAUGCCAAGAUCCUCACCGUCAUCCUCGUCGAUCGAAUCGUCGUUAACGAAUCCCACCGUAGCUUCUCCGUUGAAUGGAACCGUCGUCGUCUCGGGCAGCAGUGGAGGAAUGCCCACCUCCUCCCCAUCGAUCUCCGCUGCGUGUUGUACAGUCGGCAGUAGUGGAGAACGAAAUUCGCACGAACAACCGGUGAUCAAGCGGCAAAGGAUAGAGCAUGAGGAUCCGGCGGGUAGCGAGAGGACAACGGCUGUCCGACAGGUGCUGCUGCAGGGAGGAAGUGUAGUGGAUCGAGGUGGAAGUCACACGAACAGCAGCACGAGCACCAACGGGGGGAUGAUGGUGGUCGUUGCGACAAACACCACACCUCCGAGCUCGAGCGGGAACUCCUCCAACUCAUCGUCGGCCUGUUCUUCCUCCACCUCCUUAUCGUCCUCGCCGUCCUGUUCGUCGACGAAGCUGAUACCUUCCUCCCUGGAGCACUCGUCGGACGAUGAACAGCAGCAUCAGCAGCAGCGGCACCAGCAACAUCAACAGUUACAGCUGCACUAUCAGCAUCACAUUCCGGCAACGUUGGAUGACUGCCAUGCCCGGUUUCAGGACGCGAUCGGUCGUCAGUGUCUCUGCUCACUCGAUUCCGUCGUCCUGCUCGGAUGCUUCAAAGCGUACUAUAGGUACGAAGACCCCAAUAGUGAGGUACCGUCGGUCGUGCUCCCGCUGGCAGAGUGGCCCUUCGAGCAGCUGCUACGGUUUCUCUCGAAUGUGCAGCUACUUUUCGACACCUACUUGAAGCAGAACAUCAAGGGCAAUAUCUGCGCGGGCGUGAUGGAGCUUUGCAACUAUCUAAUCCGCAGCGACGACCACCAACAGCAGCAGCACCUCCACCACCACCACCACCAACAUCAUCACAAUCUCCUCCUAAACCACCACCAUCAGCACCACCUCCUGCAUCACCACGCCCAUUCGCUUCCCGCACGGCCAACGAGACAUGACGGUGGGCUGGCCACGCUCGACAUCGACGAGCUGAUCGGGCUGUGCAGCUGCAGCAACAAGUACCUCAGUUACCUGGCGGGGCGCAUACUGUCUUCUUUUCUGAUCAUCGUCAAGGACGAUCCGGACGACGACCGGUGGCUGGAGAAGCUGGUCGCUAAUCUGUUCGACUUUGGCCACCUGGAUCUACGUGCGGUGCGCAAAAUUAGCGCCAGUCUCGAGGUGAUCAAGCGCAUCGUUGAGUGGAAAGACGAAACGGAACAUCCGCUCGACGAUGACGUAAGUGGUGGUGUUGGCGGCGGCGGCACACCGGGCGUUGUGGACGAAGAUAUCGGUGGACCUUCGGAGUGGCCUCCGGGGGGAGGUUCUGGUUCUUCUGGGUCGGUGACGGCGUCGACGAUGGCUGGAGGCAGUGGUAGUGUCUACGGUAUGCCUCCACUGGCGGACAACUACUUUGCGGCGCACUAUCAGUACGGAGCUAGCGAUGGAGGAAACGCCGCGGCAAGUAGCAUUUUCCAUCCCGCCGGUCUUUCGGGUGAAUCAUCCUCGUCCUCGACAACGACGACGACAACGUCCAAAGCGCCAGGAUCGUCACCGUCGAUGGGCUCCUCCUCCUCGGCGGCAUCUAGUCAAGACCACCUGCACCACCAUUCUGCUUCAGUCCCUCCCACACCACCACCACCACCGCCACAGUCGACUCAAGCCGAUGGGCAUCAUACCGGGCAUGGCUGCCGGUACGUGACGCUCACCGACUCCGAGAGCUUCGACACGACACGCAUCAAGUUUGAGACGAUCAACAUCCUCGGUGGCAAGUGGUCGGCACUGGUGAAGCACAUCAGCUCGCUCAUCCGAGCUCAGGCAAACAGUAGCAGUGCAGCGGUGAUGGUUGCCACGGAAACCUGCAUCCUUACGUUUCUGCGGCUGUGGGAAAGCAUUAUCAGCGUGAAGGCGAAUUUGUCGGUGGUCGAGACGCAACCGUUUCACUCGCAGCUCGACAACUUCCAGCUGCUGCUGCUGGUGACGAAGAACGCCGUCAUCUACCGGCAGAUGCUGACGCUGUUCAACGAAGCCCUCUGCUACGGUAGCACGCUCGCUCUGCAGGACCUCAUCCCGGAGGAGGUGGGAAGCUUGGCACACAACAUCGUGCGCUCGGUCAAGGACUACCGCAUACUGGACAAGAUGCCCAAGUCGUCGUACAGCAACCACCUCGGGUUCCUCGGCUACCAGGGGCAGAUGGUUCGCUAUCAGGAUCGUCGUUUGCAGCGCGUUGUCUCCGACUCAAUGACGCCCCCGAGUGCUGGGGGAUCGGCGACGGUGGCGGCGGCUUCCGAGACGUGCUACGAUCGGACGUUGCUGCAGAAGAUGGCCCUGUUGGUGCUGAAGGCGGUCGCCGUGAUCGUGAAGGAGAUCCGGUGCGACUCGAGUGACUCGAGCGUGGACAGCAGCGACUUCGACAUGCAGGAGAUACAGAUGAUCGAGCGCAGCAUUCGGGACGUGGUGAAGAAGCUCGAGACGUUCCUGAAGGCGCAGCUCGAGUUUCACCCGGAAAGCCACCUCAGCAAGGUGCUGAUACACCUGUUCGACGACCAGGACGACUACCUGGUGGAGGCGAUGGUCUGCACGCUGGACGUGACCUCGGGCAUCUCCUUCCGCAACAACGCCUUCCCGGAGCUGAUCGCAAUGCUCAAUCCGGUCUACACGUUCAUCGAGUUCUCGAACCUCGGCCCGAACAUCACGCACCUCUUCCUCGACCUGCUCAUCAGCCCGGAGACGUGCUUUCUGCUCUUCCUGUUGCGCUUCCUCAAGUACAUCCGCCAGAACUGGUCCAUGUUUACGCAAAGCUGCUACAACUACUACCGUCACAACAGCUACAGCAAUGCGGCCACACUGCUGCAGAACCGUGUCCGGGCGGCGGCCGCAGCUGCAGCCUCCACGGCCGGCGCUGCAGGCAGUGCGCUCGUACUGCCGGGUGACGCGACCGGUGCGACCGGUGCGGCCAACGUCAUCCUGGACAGCGUGAUGACGGUGCUGAUCAGCUUGCGAAUGCAGAUCAGCCGGCUCGUCGCCGACACGCUCUUCCCGUACAAUAUUACACCGAUCCUGCGGUUGAUCGAAAACUGCGAGAGUCUUUACGAGGGCAACGAGUUGAGUUGAAUUGCGGGGGCGAAGAAGAAGGGAAGAAGAAGUUUUGAUGCUGUUCUUUUACGCAUGUUCCGCUCCGAAGGUCCGCGGAAAAAGAGAGGGGAACAUGUUAGAUGCACUAUUGGGCAAAACAAUGAGACAAGACAAAUGAUCAAGGAGAGAACUGCAUGCAAGAAUCCUUUUAAUCAUAAUUGCCUACUAUUGUAACCUAUUAACAGCUUUUGGUUAUUUAAUAUAUGGGAGGGUUAACUAUGGAUCGUACAUUUUAAUAUACGGAUGUAGGAGAACUCGACAUUUCGAACGCCUGCUGGUAGGCAUUCGUAAAAACUCAAACCGAUAUAAACUUAUUGUAAAUUUUAGUUGGUUUGUAACCAAUCUCUCUUAGUUCAUCUAAAUUGCAUCUUGAGUCGUUUUUGCAUAAUCCUAAUUUACCUUUCAUGUUUACAUGCAUUUCUAUCCUUGUUUUUUUGCGGAGUAAAAGAUUGAUAUCUUUUAGGGUUUAAUUGUUUUGCUAACCAUUGUAUAUCGUUUUCCAAGUUUGAAAUCGCGGAAAGAAAACACGAACAAAAUAUGUUGGAAAAGUGUCUUAGAAUGAGGCAAAACCGCGGUGUUACGCAACGACGAUGCGAUACAACAUUCCAUAUCGGUUAAAACAAUGUUUACACCCUUUUCAUUAAGAAGAUAGUUUUUAAAAACGGAAAACAAUAGGACUGAAUUUUUGUACAAUGCUCGCGACAACUGGUUCCGCUGCUUCCCGGGAGUGUUAGUUUUAUUUUUUUAAUGUAGAAGUUUAAGAGGAAAUUAGAACACUCUCCUACUGAGCUCUGUACAUAGUACUUAGGUAAGCCUAGUUGAAUGCAGUCUUCCACAGCAGUAGUACCAGUGCUUUCUUUUGUGUGUGUCAGUCAUUAAAGCCGUCGAAAAUGUUUAAAGAACAAGUUCUACGCCGUCCCGAUGACGGAUACUUGCUGCCAAUACUAAUCUUGCCGAUUGUGUGCCGAGAUCCGCACGUCACUUCUUGUGAGACCCUGUACAAAUGUUCACUAC